AUGGUAAAACCUGAGUUCAGAAUUUAUUCUUUUCCUUCAAGUGAGACAAUUAAACCAAGAAUUCCAUUUUCUGAAGCUCCCUGUUCCAAUUGUACAAAUAAAAGUUACGAAUGUAAUUGUAAUGCAAUAAAAGAAGGCUUAGGAAAGUAUGGAGGUUACACUAUUAAAGAGCUUGAUUCUUUAAAGUCUCAGUUGGAUUCAGUGAGGAAUGAGCUUGACCUUAUUGAUAUUAAUGUAUGGCAGUCUUUCACAAGAACAACUAACAUUGCUCAGGACGUAAUUUAUAAACUUAGAGAUGUGCCUAUUGAAUUAGCAACUACAGGAUGGUGUAAGUUAUAUGAAAUACUUCACUACUUUAGGUGGCACGAGUACAUGAAUGAAGCUGAAUAUCAUAGUAUGCACUUAUGUGAAUGCCCUGGCGGGUUCAUUUCUGCUUUGAACCAUUAUAUACACUCUAAUGUAAUAAACAAACGCCAGAGAUUAGGCUCCUCAAAAUUACACUGGGAAUGGAAGGCAAAUUCAUUAAAUCCCUAUUUUGAAGGUAACAAUCCUAAUUCUAUUUUGACUGAUGAUAUAAUAUAUAGAGAUACUUAUAGAGCAUGGAAUAUGGGGGCGGAUGAUAGUGGCGAUAUUACUAAGUUAUGUAAUAUUGACUACAUAUGGCAAAGGACAUCCAAGAAUACCAAAAGCUGUUGGUUGGCAGAUUUGGUUACUGCAGAUGGUUCUCUAGAUAUUCAAUAUAACCCAAACGAUCAGGAAAAAUUAACAUCUUCCAUUCAAUAUUGUGAGACUGUUUGCGCAUUGGGAAUUCUUAGAAAGCACGGUUCUUUUAUUAUUAAAUGCUUUAAUAUCCUCCAUCAUACAACUAUAUCUAUUAUCGCACUUUUAUGCUAUUGUUUUCAAAAUGUCCACAUUGUUAAACCGGUUAUGAGUAAAGGUGGUAGUGGAGAGAUAUAUAUUGUGGCAAUGGAUUUUCAGGGUAUCAGAUCCGUUCUGUUAAAGGCUUUGAUAUCUCAUUUUCAAGGAAAUAGGGAUAAAUUUGAUGAAAUUUCUCUAUUUCCAAGAGAUUGGCUUCCAGAAGAAUUUAUUGAGCAAUGCAUCACUGCAGCAACACUAUUUUCAAGGUGGCAAAUAGAUCAUAUUGCCCAUAACCUCUUAAAAUUCAAAUCUUCUAUUGUCAAUGAUCCAAGUUAUAAAAAAAUGAAAUUUUUGAAUUUUGAAUCGUUAAAUUCAACAUGUAAUAAUCUUGAUGAGUCAAACAAUGUUAGUGAGCAAAACAAAGGCGAACUUUUCAAGGAACGUUAUUUAUUUGAAUGUGCAAUAAGUAAAAGGGAGAAGCGAAUUUUUGCACUUGAAUAUAUACAAAACUUGGGUAUAAGUAGUAUUCCAACAUCACAAUAUAUCCUUCCAAAUUUACAACAUAGAAAAGAGUACUUAAAUUCCACAAGUUUGAGUAGAAGGGGAGGUGAUAGGAACCGUGUUCAAGGAAUAUUUAUUGAUAGAAAAUAUGCAUUUCAGCAAUACAUGAAACUUCAAGAAACUAGAAACAAAUUUUAUUUCCCAAGUAUGUCUUUCUUCAAGCUGGUUUCUUCUAGAAAUAUCAAUUCAUUUAACAAAAAGUUGUUAUUUUUCAUUGAUGAGAUCGUUAAUCAAAAUGAAAAUAUUGAUUCAGAAAGUAACAGUAAUGGAUUAAAUGACGGUUUAUCAAGAAUUCCUCUUAAGAAGGUGGAUAUUGAAUUAAAUUUUACACAAAUACUCCCAAAGGAAAGGCUCCCUAAAAAAAUUUCUCCAAAAUGGUUUGUUUGGUCAAAAGAAGAUAUUGCUUACCAAAGGCUUAUUGAUAGACUUAAAUCACAAACAUAUAUGUUUGAAUCUGAAAACUUUUUUAAAAAAGUUCAAGAUUUCACGUGUGUUUCCCUCCAAAUGUCUCCUUAUUGCGACGAAGAUUUGAUUCAAAGAUUUUGUGAGACUAUAACUGCUAUUAAUUCUCCAAUCAAAAAAAUAACUUUUGGUAUUGACGCUUGUGUUCAUAAUGAAUUCUAUAACAACAUACUAAGAUGGACAACAAUUCCAUUUGAUACAUCUGAACUUUUAGACCAAAAAGAAAAUAACAGUGUUAUUUAUUCAAGCAUUCAUGGAAAUAAAUUUGAAAUGAACUAUCAACAAGAUAGCAUAUUAAAUUCCAAUAUAAUUGAUGAUUUACCUCUUUAUUGCCAAAUUCCUGCAAACAUUCAUAUUUUGGGUUUAUUUGAAACUAUUAGAGAGUUAAAACGAUCAGAGUGUAAUGAUCAAUGUACAAUAAGUGAAUAUUUAGGAAAAAUAAAAAAUUAUGUAGAAAUUUAUAAUGGAGUGGCAUAUCAUGAAGUUCUUGAAGACCAUAGUAAAUUUCCAUUAACAUUUUUAUUAAAUAUAGAUUCAAAAUCUCACAAACAUGGCACAAUAAUCAUUAUCUCAGAUGAAGAAACUGAUGAAUUAUACAAAGAUACGAACAAAACUAAAUUUAAUAGGUGCAAUGAUUUAACCUUUAUCGAUAUAAGCAAGGAAUUUAAAUACUGUAAUCAAUACAAACAAAUAAUAAAUGCAAUUACUGAGGAUUAUAAUAUUAAGAAAAAUGAAUAUGAUUUGAUUUACAUUGAUUCUUACUGGCAUUUAGUCCCUACAUUUUCUUUAGGGCAAUUUGAAGUUGAGGAAAGUUUUAAUCUUGUGACAAAUAUCAUGAUUGCUUUGAAUCUUAUAAAAUUUGGUGGUAAUAUUAUUAUUUCACUUAAGACAGCCUUAACUAGAUUUACAGCUGGAAUAAUAAUUGUGUUAAGUUCUGUCUUUGAUAAAAUUGCAUUAAGCAAACCUUAUUCCUCUUCUUCGCCUUGCUAUUCAAAUUUUUAUCUAAUUUGUUCUGGAUUUAACGAUAAUUCAAAUACACUUUCUAGACACUUUUUCCAAUUUCUAUGGGAUGUUUACUCAAUAAAUAAUAGAGAAAAUUCUUCGAUGGUCCAAUGUGUCCCUCCAACUUUAUUUGCUUCAGAUAACUUUCUUCAUUGGUUGAAGGAAUUUAAUAAUGAAGCAAUUUUGUGUGAUAUUGAGCUUUUAGAAGCAGUGAUUGAACAACAAGAAUCUUCAGAUAAUCUUGAGCCAUCCGUUUUAGAUGGUGGAAAGAACCACAAAGAUUCGGAAUACUCUUCGAAUUGGGAAGAUUUCCCCAAUAGAGUUAGAAUCCAACGUGAAAUCUUGAGAUAUAUAUUAAUCGGGGGAAAUAGUUUAAGCUCCGGUGAGAAUUUCUUAAGUUUUAAUGGAGAAACGAUUAAAAGUGAUGUUAUACCCAAACAUAAAGAAAUACAGGAAACUUCUCAUAAUAUUGAUGAAAAAAAUCUGGACCAAUUCGAUGUGAAAAUUCUUCAAAAUGAUGACUCGUUUUCCAAUUUUACAGAACAAAUUAAUGUUCAACUUGAGGAAUUUAAAAGCAACAGAAAUAUUGAUCCUUUUGAAGACCGAGCUGGUUUAAAUGAAGAAAUAGAUGUCUUCUGCAUUACACCAGAAAUUGAACCAAAUGACCCAUUUGAUCAUAAAUAA